UUUUUUUCUAAGCGAUGAAAAAUGAUUGUUUAUUAUUGAAUGUAACACUGCAAUCCUUCUUCUAACAUAAGUUAAAGUUUUAUGUGAAUAAACCGCAUCCAAACAUGAGUAACAGAAAAGAAAAACUCCUGGUGAAGCAACUGAGAUCCAUGUGACAUGCAGUUAUAAAGAUGGCGUUUAUUAAAGAGGAGAGUGAAGACAUGAGGAUUGAAGAAACAUUUGGAGUGAAACAUGAAGAUGCAGAGGAACUAACAGACCUGAUGGCACUGAAAGAGGAGAGUCUGAAAGAAGAACUGAAUGAAAUGGAAGAGAUAAAUCAGGACAAGAAAUGUCUUCACUUCAAAAGAGGAGAAAAAUCCUCAAAGACUGAAAAGGCUUCCUCACAAAUAAGAGGCCAGAAGACAGACUCAAACAGUUUAUUCCACUGCUGUCAGUGUGGUAAAAAUUUCUCUCAUAAGCAAAACCUUGAAGUCCACCAGAGAAUUCACACGGGAGAGAGGCCUUUCAGCUGCCAACAGUGUGGAAAAAGUUUCACUCAAAAACAAAACCUUAAAGCCCACAUAAGAGUUCACACUGGAGAGAAGCCUUACACCUGCAAAUUGUGCGGACAAAGUUUUACGCUUAAAGGAAACCUUAAUGCUCACAUGAGAAUUCACACUGGAGAGACCCCUUACACCUGCAAAGUGUGUGAGAAGAGCUUCUCACGAAAAGAAAGUCUUAUGACUCACAUGAACAUUCACACAGGAGAGAAGCCAUUCAUAUGUGGUCAGUGUGGAAAGAGAUUUAAAUGUAAAGAAACCCUUAAUCAACACAUGAGGAUUCACUCAAAAGAGGACUGUUUCAUAUGUCAUCAGUGUGGAAAAAAUUUCAUGCAUAAAAGAAGCCUCAACACUCAUAUCAGACUUCAUACUGGAGAGAAACCUUUCAUCUGUCCUCAGUGUGGGAAGAGCUUCUCACAAAAAGGAAACCUUCAGACUCACUUAAGUAUUCACACUAGAGAGAAGCCCUUCAAGUGUCUUCAGUGCGAUAAUAGUUUCACAUAUCAAAGAGACCUGAAACGUCAUUUGCAAACUCAUUCUGUAGAGAAAUUGUGAGCAAUUUCAAAAAACACUCUGGAGGAAGCCAAUUUAAUUGUGGGAAGGGUAAUAAAAACUGGAACCAGAAAAGAUGUAUCUGUGUGAAAUCAAGGCUAUGUUUACUUAUCAGAUGAAUGUGGGCCAAAUGUGACUGUCCAGCUUCAUGAUCACUUUUAUUUGCAUCCUUCACGUUUUAAACUCCCUCUAAUUGCUACAUUUCACAUAUUGAUACCUCAGAAUCAAACUAUUUAAUCAAACUUAUGUCUUGCUGUGAAAUGCCACAAUGUAAAAGUAAUUCUAAAUAAAGGACA